AUUCCUUCUAUGAGGGAAGGAAACUAGAGGCUCUCACUCAGCAGCCAGCCACAACAACAACAGCGCUGGGAACGGGUUAAACGGCCUUAUUUCUUCAGAGAGAUACAGUUAGCGUCGUUUUUGGUAGCAUUCGACUAAUAAAGCAUCGCCUAUCAGAAUGAAUGUUGGUGUGGCCCACAGCGAAGUGAACCCCAACACGCGGGUGAUGAACAGUAGGGGUAUCUGGCUGACCUACGCGCUGGGUGUCGGGAUGUUGCACAUUGUUCUCUUGAGUAUUCCUUUCUUCAGCGUCCCGGUCGUCUGGACCCUAACUAACGUUAUUCAUAAUUUGGGUAUGUAUGUAUUUUUGCAUGCUGUCAAGGGGACUCCAUUUGAGACUCCUGACCAAGGAAAAGCCAGACUCCUGACACACUGGGAGCAGCUGGACUAUGGCGUGCAGUUCACAUCUUCUAGAAAGUUCUUCACAAUUUCGCCAAUAAUUCUAUAUUUUCUUGCAAGCUUCUACACAAAGUAUGACACAACACACUUUGUAAUCAACACGGCUUCGCUUCUGAGUGUGCUCAUCCCCAAACUACCGCAGCUUCACGGAGUUCGAAUCUUCGGCAUCAACAAAUAUUAAACCAGGAGCAGGCGAAGGGUCCAGUCCUGUGACCAGUGCUCCAUCUCUUGCUUUGUACAUGGUGAGAUGAAUUGGUAACCUGCUGUACUCUGUACCCCAGUAGUGUGUACUAAGCAGUUUUGUACAUUGUGUAACUGUAAGUUUCAUUGUUUGAAUACACCUGGAGUAACCAUAAGGACAUUAUGAGAAUCUUAUGUGCAUUACUAAUUUAAGUAUUUAAAGUGUAUUUUUUUGUUGUUGUUGAAGAACCAGGCAGGCCCAGGUCUUGAACUUGAAGGUUGUUUUUUCUGUUUUGUUUUCUUUUUUUCUUUCUUUUUUUUCACUUUUAAAUUUGACAUUUGCCUUCUGAACCCAGACUGGUAAAGUUAGAUGAGUUCAUGCAUUGGUGUCAUACCGGGUGUUUAACAAAAAGCCACAAAAAUGUCAAAUGUUUCUGUUGAUCAUUUGAAGAUUUCUUUGAUCAUUUGAAGAUUUCUUUGAUCUGUUAUUCAGUUAAGUGACACAUUUAUCAUUGUUUAAUGGGUGUAAACCUAACUCAUCAGUACUGAAAACCAUGUAGAAAACAAAAUGCUCUGCAUGGUUUCCUUGGUGAACAGAAUUGCAUUAAGUGACUUAUUACUAAAUAGCGUAAAGAGUUUUGUUAGUGUAUAUAGUUUUGCGUAAAAUGUCUUGAAUCUGAAACAGACAUUAAAUGUUUUUGAUUAACAA